GCAUCACGACUGCAAAGAUGGCAUUUGCUCUUCGCUCAUUACUUCUCCUCUGUGGGAUCAGUGGACUUCUGACUGGAGUCUGGUCUGAUCUCAAAGUAGUUCGUGUUCCUUCCUGUCCUAAGGGCUGGAGUCGAUUGGAUGAUCGUUGUUUCCUUGUGGUGGACAAGUUACAAACUUUUGCCGAUGCAGAGUCUAGCUGCCAGGGCCUUGGAGCGAAUUUGGCUUCCAUUAGAAGUGCUGUAGAAGACGAAGUUGUUAGUGCUCUGAUUGCCCGUUUUGCGUCUACUGGCUAUGUCUGGAUUGGAUACAACGACAUAAAUGUGGAGGGAACCUUUGAGUGGACCGAUGGCUCACCUUCUGUUUUCGAAGACUUCGAUGGUGCACCACCCACCAAUCCUGGUGAAGACUGUGUCCAGACAUAUCCCGAAACCCUGAGCACAUGGGACGAUGUGGACUGCGAUACACCAAGUCCAUUUGUUUGUGCCAAAGAUCUGCACUAAGAUGCAACUGCCAACAUCCUAUCUUCCACAAGCGUUUCUCUUCUGUGGUCCUGAGGUCUCUACGUGACAUCAGUGGUGUCUUUCUGUUUCUGGAUUUAUUGCAAAAUCUCUUCUUCUUUUCCACACUUCAUGUGUGGUAGAUUGCCAUCAGCCACAUCAAAUUUUGGAAUGUCAAGCUUAUCUCUCUAAUAAAUGAAGGAAUCUGU